AGGGAACCAUCUGUUUCCCAGAACUACCUUCUCAACCCUUUUCCACAACCAUCCUUUGGUCUCAUUACCACAGAAAAACCUUUCCCUCUAUCUCUCCACUUCUUGGACCACAACUUGUACUGUGCCUUCCUAAGCCACACACACACUGCACAUUUCCACCCAGUUAUCAGCCCUCCUUUAGCAUUAUGCUAUCCCUCCUGCCCACUGACCUAUGCCAGGGGAGAGCUGUUGGAGCAAGGGGCUAGAAGUGGGGAAAGUCAUUCUAGAAACAAGUGCUCUUUCCUCUUCCUAUCCCACCUCCAUUGCAAAUUCGUAUUACCACUGAGGCCUUAUUUUGCUUUUCUUCUUGGAUUCUUCAGAGAAUGUGUGUGGAUAUGUGUAAGAAAGGUAUAUAUGAAGCUUCUGCCUCUUGGUUGUGAGGGGCGCAAACCCCUUCCUUUAUAGUUUUCACUUUUCUAACUACAUCAAUAAAGUAUCUGUUUAAUACUAAAAACACAAAAAAGGAAAAGAUAACGACUUUCGACACUUCUUCAACCUGGGGCAUGAACAUGUAGCAGGAGGGAGGUGCAUUGAUUGGUACUGGGAUGUGGAGUGAAUUCAAAACGUGGUGUAGGGGAGGAGAAAGGAAGCAGGUGCAGAGAAUUCAAAAGUGGGGCUUGCUUCUCUGAGGUCUGUCAUCUGCAGGGCUGCUUAGGUGAUACCCCUAAGAGAAGAUGUUUUUAAUUGGUAUUCUUAAGCUCUUCCCCCCACAAUUCCUGCACUCUUGGCAGGAAAGGCAAAGACUGCCAAGAGCUUAAAGUCAAUAUUGUCUUAGGAGGGGCAGGACAAAACUUCGCACUAGGGUCAGAGGUGCCGGGAUACGUGGGCGUCCAAUGUGCGCCUAGUUUGCAAAUAAGAUGCAGAUGAAGGGGCGGCCAUUGAGCCGCCCUCUGCCCUCGACCGCGCCUUUAGGACUGGAAUCUUUCGGCGCUCGGCUACUCUCCCCUAGCUCUUCUCCCUUUCCCCAGCAGUAUUCCCGGCUUGGGGGUGCUCGGUGUUCAGCCACGCAGCCUGUCGCUUGGUAGUGGGACCGGAAAUUGUUCGGGGGCGGGGGGACGGCUGUGAUGGGGGGGGUUUAUGGGGAGCAUCGGUCCCUCCUCAGGUGAAUCCGCUGAUGGAGAUGGAGAAGGAGCCGCCGCCAUCGCUGAGCGCCCGGGUCCUGGCUUCGGCCCGGCUGCCGCCGCCUCAGUGACCCCACUCCCCCCGCACUGGGCCGCCCGGGCCAGAGUGGGGGACCCUCGCCCCCUGCUCUCCUCUCCCACAAUUACCGUCCCCUCUCCCUGACCCCCACAGCCUGCGCGCGCACGGAGCCGCCUCAGAAUCUCGCUAAGAUGGACAUAGAAGACUGCAAUGGCCGCUCCUAUAUGUCUGCUGGAGAGGGAUCUCCCAGGAGGGUGUGUUCCGGAUUUCUUGCCUCAGGCCCAAGACGCCAACCAUUUUAUAAUGGAAUCUUUAUUUUGUGAAAGUAGCAGAGACUCAUCUCUGGAGAAGGAGUUCCUCGGGGCCCCAGUGGGGCCCUCGGUGAGCACCCCCAAUAGCCAGCAUUCUUCUCCCAGCCGCUCACUCAGUGCCAACUCCAUCAAGGUAGAGAUGUACAGCGAUGAGGAGUCAAGUAGACUGCUGGGGCCAGAUGAGCGGCUUCUGGAAAAGGACGACAGUGUGAUCGUGGAAGAUGCCUUGUCAGAGCCCCUGGGCUACUGUGAUGGGAGUGGGCCAGAGCCUCACUCCCCUGGGGGCAUCCGGCUGCCCAAUGGCAAACUCAAGUGUGACAUCUGCGGCAUGGUCUGCAUUGGACCCAAUGUCCUCAUGGUGCACAAGCGCAGCCACACAGGGGAAAGGCCCUUCCACUGCAACCAGUGUGGAGCCUCCUUCACCCAGAAGGGGAACCUGCUGCGCCACAUCAAGCUGCACUCUGGGGAGAAGCCCUUCAAAUGUCCCUUCUGUAGCUAUGCUUGCCGCCGGCGUGAUGCACUCACUGGCCACCUUCGCACGCAUGCUGUCUCCUCUCCCACGGUGGGUAAGCCCUACAAGUGUAACUACUGUGGCCGGAGCUAUAAACAGCCAAGCACCCUGGAGGAGCACAAGGAGCGGUGCCACAACUAUCUACAGAGUCUCAGCACUGAGGCCCAAGCUCUGGCUGGCCAACCAGGUGAUGAGAUCCGUGACCUGGAGAUGGUGCCAGACUCCAUGCUGCACUCAUCUUCUGAGAGGCCAACAUUCAUUGAUCGCCUGGCCAACAGCCUCACCAAACGCAAGCGUUCCACCCCACAGAAGUUCAUAGGCGAAAAGCAGAUGCGCUUCAGCCUCUCAGACAUCCCCUAUGAUGUGAAUGCAGGUGGCUACGAGAAGGAUGUAGAGUUGGUGGCCCACCAUGGCCUGGAACCUGGCUUUGGGGGGUCUCUGGCCUUUGUCGGGGCAGAGCAUCUGCGGCCCCUCCGCCUUCCACCCACCACUUGUAUCUCAGAACUCACGCCUGUCAUCAGCUCUGUGUACACCCAGAUGCAGCCCCUCCCUGGUCGACUGGAGCUUCCAGGGUCUCGGGAGGCAGGUGAGGGACCCGAGGACCUCGCUGAUGGAGGUCCCAUCCUCUACCGGGCUCGAGGCCCCCUGACUGACCCUGGGGCAUCCCCAAGCAAUGGCUGCCAGGACUCCACAGAUACAGAGAGCAACCACGAAGAUCGGGUUGGGGGCAUGGUGUCCCUCCCCCAGGGCCCUCCACCCCAGCCACCUUCCACCAUGGUGGUGGGCCGGCCCAGUCCUGCCUAUGCCAAAGAGGACCCCAAGCCACAGGAGGGUUUACUGCGGGGCACCCCAGGUCCCUCCAAGGAAGUGCUCCGCGUGGUGGGCGAGAGUGGAGAGCCUGUGAAGGCCUUCCGGUGCGAGCACUGCCGCAUCCUCUUCCUGGACCAUGUCAUGUUCACCAUCCACAUGGGCUGCCAUGGCUUCCGAGACCCUUUUGAGUGCAACAUCUGUGGUUAUCACAGCCAGGACCGGUACGAGUUCUCCUCCCACAUUGUCCGGGGGGAGCAUAAGGUGGGCUAGCGACCUGCUGCCCUCCACUGCCCUGCCUGCAGGGGCUCAGCCCUGCCCCCCACUGCCAAGGAGCUGUGCGGCCCCCCCCACUGACUGCCAACCUCAUGCUCAGCCCUGGCCCCCGCUCACCUAGUCUCCUCUACCCCGACUGAUCGGACAUUGUGAGGAAACAGGCCUUUUGCUUAUGCUUCUCUUUUCUCUCUUCUCCCUUCUCAGCCCAUUCACUGAGUUAUUUAUUAAUAUAAUUUGAUUUUCUUCUGCUUUUUUCUUUAAUUUAGACCAGUCACUUGCACCUCCUGCCCUCCUGCCCACAGUCUCCUUCCACAUUAGGCCCAGUUUCCCUCUCUUUGGUUUAGCUUUGCCCCGCAGCCCCAGGUGGGAAGCUCCCUUGAGUUCUAAGAGACCUUAAGCUUUUUGCUUUAAGUCCUCACCCUUUGCAUUAUCUGCUUCUUCAGUGUUGAUGCUGAUAGCUCCCUCUGGCCGUACCUUAGCUCUGUGGCAUUAUACCUCCUCUCUGGGACCCUUCAACCUGGUACUCCAUACCUCUUGUGCCCUCUCACCUUAGGCAGCUUGCACUAUUCCUGAACAAAUGAAGAAUUUCCUCAUUUGGAAGUAAGGGCUGAGGAAAUUCUCCCCAGGCACCGUGGGACUGAGGGUCCUCUUGACAGCCCCCUAGUAAUCUGAGUUCCCCAAAGCCCACAUUCAGGACCUCCCUCUAGGAUAUGGUAUAUUUAUCCUCGAACAACCCCCAGCGCUGCUGUACUCUUGUACACCUGCCAGUCUACUCAGUGGUGGUUUUGUUCUCCUUGGAGUGCCCCAAUUUUAUAUUCUCAGGGGCUGAGGCUAGGUCUGCGGUCCUCUGACUCUGACACAUUGGGAGCCAUAGGUGCCUAAUUGGAAACCAGGGCAUGGGAAGGGGGUGAGUUAAAAUUCUCCUUUUCCACCUCUCAAACUUCUUCACUCUAGUGACCUUCCUAGGUUGUCAGGGGCCCCUGCGGUCCUCGUCCUAUGAGAAACUAGCGGGUUGCUGCCUGAUGACAAGGGGUAUCUCAACCCCAGUCAUGCUGCCUUCUCCUCCCCCUCAGCAGGAUUCACCCUCUCAUUCUGAGUCUUCUGGGCCCUGUUCUUAGGAUCAGUGUUUCUUUUCUCUCUUCUGAUUUUCAUAUAACCAAAAAUUAUCCCAGGAUGGGCAAGGACACGUGCCCCUCACCCUAUUCCACUCUUGUCCCAGCAAGAAUAGGAUGGGCGAAACUGAACUAGGGGUCAUCCUUUACCCCCUUCUACACUCAGCUCCCAGAUGUGGGGCAGGAAGGGGCAGUCUCCUCCCGGCUACUGCGGAGACCCCUGGCUGCUUAGGUAACCUGAUCAGUGAGAAAGGGGCAGGAGGAGACUUGCUCCCCUGCAAGUGGAGGGCUCUUUCUACAGGAGUUUCCUGCCCAAGGCUGUAGCUAUCCCAUUCUCUGCUUCCUUGAGAUUCAAACCAAAGGCUGUUUUUCUAUAUUUAAAGAAAAAAAAAGUGAAAACCAAACACAGCACCUCACAAGUUGUAACACUUGGUCCUUCUCUCCUCUCUCCCCUUCCCUCUUUCUUUCCAUGUUGUCCUGUCCUGAUUGGCUCUCUUGCCUCCCACUUAUCUCACUCCCUAUCAGGGAUAAUUUAGGGGGAUGGUAAAGGGUUGGCUAAGGAACAGACCCUGGGUUCAGGGCUCCUAAGAGCUCUAAGAAGAGUUUACCUUACCCCCUUAUGGGAAGGGGGACCCUAAAAAACACUUCUCUUCCUCCUUUUUCUUGCCCAUUAUGUGUGGUCUCCUCAGGAGAACCAGCUUGUCAUGGCGGGACACUAUGUUCCUCCUUGUCAAUGUAGCAAUAAACAUGCUGCCAAGGGCAGAGGAUGGGGACUUAGCUGGGAGGAGAGCAUCUCUAGUGGAGGGAAGAGUCUUUUCAAAGCACCCAAGUGAACUGGCUCUUUGUUUCAGGAUGGCAGCAGAGCUGCGAUUAAUAUCUUGGGUUCUCCUCUACUGUUCUGGUUAUUGAGCCAUUUCCCAUUGAACCCACCCAUACCUCUUCUGUGUCUGCUGUUGUGUUUGGUGACACCUCAUAAGGACUACUCCUUUCUGCGGUAUCAGAGUCUUAGGGUGACCAUCCCUCCCCGAGUCAGCUUUGGCGCCUGUAACCUCCUGGAAUGUGAAGGACUAUGCUCUGAGGCUAUACUCUGAGCCCAUGAAAGCAGAGACUGGAAGGGCAAGACCAGGUGCUAAGGAGGGGAGAGAAGGGCACUCUGGCUCUCUCCAGACCAUCACUGCACUUUAACCAGGGUCUUAGGUACAAAAUCCUAUUCCAGAGUCUUCCAGCUCUGGAACCUCAAACAUCCUCAUGCUCUCUCCCAGCUCCUUUUGCAUAAAAAAAAAAAACAAGAAAAAAAAACAUACAUUGAAACCCACAUGGAGAAAAGAGGUGUUUUCUUUUUAUAUUGGUAUUCAAAAUCAACUCCACCCCAAAAAAUUUCUAAACAGACACUUUUCCAGUGUUUUUUGUGUCAGUGUCCAAGCUGCAGAUGGGAUUUUAUAACACUUCUGGCAGCUUUCCUUGUGUACAUAAUAUAUAUAUAUUAUAUAUAUUUUUAUUCAGAAGUUAUGAAGAAUGAACAGAAAAAAAAAUCACAGAAGCAAGUGCAAUACCACCUCCUCUCUCUCCCAGGAUUUCAUUUGUAGCCUAUGCUUGGUGUCUCCUUGGACCUCGCCCUUCACCUCCUCCUCUUCCUCCGGUUCUCCCCUUCCGUUUUUUUUAAAGAGUUUUUCUCCAUUCUCAAGGGGAGUUAAACUAGCUUUUGAGACUUAUUGCAAAGCAUUUUGUAUAUGUAAUAUAUUGUAAGUAAAUAUUUGUGUAACGGAGAUAUACUACUGUAAGUUUUGUACUGUACUGGCUGAAGGUCUGUUACAAAUAAACAUGAGUAAUUUAACACC